AUGACGUGUCUGCAGUAUAUGGGGGUGGUUUUUGAGCGGCAUUGGCGAGAUCCGAUAAUUAGUGUUACUCAGUCUCACGGCUGCGAGUCCUCCUACCGUCCUACCGUCUCCUAUUCCAUCCUUCCUUCCAACCGCUGCACCCCCUCGCCACCGCUCUCUACGCCGCAGUCCAGUCAACCAAGUCAAAAUAUCCACUCUGCAUCCGCAGCUUCUUCCCACAUGUCGUCCUUAUUCGAGGCCGCCGCGGCCUUCGAAGAAGCGGCUGCACAUGGGGCGAACCCCGUCAUACUCGAAAGGUCAGGUAAAGGACACUCCCCUGUGGUCACUAUGACAGACAUGAGCGGUGCGAGUUCCCGUGCUCCGACAUCGGCUGAGAUUGAUGCUGUCAUUGCCGCUGCGAUAGCCAACGCACCUCCACCACCUCCUUCAGACUUUAACUCUGACAUAAACCGUUCUGUAACGCCACUCAUGACAAAUCUUUUGCCCUCGGCAGUUGGUAGUGACGGGCGAGUCAACCUUUUCGUGGGGAACCUCCCGUAUAGAGUUCGAUGGCAGGAUCUAAAGGAUCUUUUCAGAAAAGCGGGAACAGUAUUGAGGGCGGACGUCAGUUUGGGACCGGAUAAUAGGAGUAGAGGAUACGGUACCGUCUUAAUGGGCAGCAGGGAAGAUGCUGCACGAGCAAUAGAUCGCUACAAUGGCUACACUUGGCAGACAAGAACCCUUGAAGUCCGACCUGACCGUCUCCCGCCAGAGUAUGAGCCCCAGUCCCAUCCCAUUCACCACAACGCCAACCCUCGCUCCGCCAUGUACUCUUUCCAUAACUUCCCUGGUCCCUCUCAUACACCUUUUUCCAUCCCGGGCCACAUCACCCCUCAAUCCGGCCAAGGCUGGCUCCCUGGACAAAUACCGAGUUCAAGGCCGUUCUCGGCGGCCGGUGGCCUGAUACCCGGAGGCAUGGGUGUCCCAUCGAGUUCAAGUGCUGUGGGUCUGACGAGCUCGACGCCGAUACCUGGGGCGCAAUCGCCCCCUUCUGUCUUCGGAGCUCAGCCUCUUCCACUCAGCGUGCAAAAUACGGGUCUGAAUGCUUUCCACUCGCUUGGACAGUCACCUCUUGCUGGAUCUCUCACAUCUGGUACUGGAGCUGCUAUGCCUGCAGGUGUUAGCGCAGUUCGCCGCGAUUCUCUCACACCCUUUGGAGCGUCCCUCACAACUUUUGAUUCUGCAGCGGCCCCUCUCUCGAGUACGUCACCUAAUAUGGCCGUUUCACGGCCUACAUCGAGCAGUGGUAGCGUCAAGCCUCCUUCUCCUGGUGGAAGCCGCGCUCCUCCACCAGGUACGCUUGGCCCCCUUCCUCCUUCCUUGUUUGCCGGUAUAAAACCUGCGCCAGCUGUUGAUGCGAUAGCACCUACGAUUGCAGGAGAUGUACCAGCACAGAGUCCAAAUGGAGGAGCGGGGAGAUUGGCGGCGGCGCCGAUUCCUCAGUUGGAAGGAUUGGCCAACCAGGGAAUGGGAUUAGGUCCUCCUAGCACGCUGCAUGACCGAGUGAUUUUUGUCUCAAACUUACCUUUGUCGAUGCAAUGGCAAGAUCUGAAAGACAUGCUAAGGCCUGCGGGAACCAUUAUUCGAGCAGAUGUUGCCACCGAUGCCCACGGAAAGCCUAGAGGAUUCGGGACUGCAUUGUUCGCUACUGAAGCCGAUGCCACAAGAGCUGUACUUUUGUUCAACGACCGCGAGAUCGGUGGUUUCCGGAUUCGUGCUCACUUGGAGAGGGACAUCCACCCCGAAGUUUCUCAGCGUAGUGCCAGAAAUUCUGUAUCUGGAGAGGCUACUUCUCUGGGUAUCCAGGACCACCUGACUGGCGUCCCGGAAGGCGUCAAGGAUAUGCUCCAAAGCAAUGGCAUUACUCCGAUCGACACCUCUGUUCCUUCCACCAAGCCUAGUAGCACUUCCCCCAUUGCCAAGCUCCCUUGGAGUCUGAACACUUCUUUACAGACUCACACCGCCCCAGGGCAUGGCCAACCCCCUCAUGGCGAACCAUCACCCACCUCUCACACUCCCGUGUUCCGUCACCCCCACCAUCCCGGUCCCAUAUCCAUGCCUCCCUUCCAUAUGGAACACGGGAAUCCCAUAUCACCACUUCACACUCGCGGUCUCCCUCCUAUGACACCUUCCAUGCCUGGAUUCGUUUUCAAUUAUCCCGAGACGCCUCCUCUUCACGGGCACGCCUCUCAUUUUAUGUCUCCUGCCGCUGGACCAUUUUCACCAGGCAUUCCUGUCACAUCGCCCGGUGCAUUCCAGUACAACCCUUUCCUCAACCCUGCUCCUGGAGCUCCUGUUAAUCGCUUCCCUUCUACUCCUGGUAAUCACCCACAAGCCGGUUCAGCUGCACUGGGCACACCUACGACGCAGGCGUUUCCUAAUGGGCCGAUUGGAUAUGGGCAGUAUGCCGGUCCCCCAGGUGGGGCGUUACAGGGCAAAUCUGAGAAUUCACCGCAAGCCAGGCAGGGACAGGAUUACUUUGCCAACGCGAUCCCUCCUCAACAUGCUACUUCCACAGCUGGAAAUAGGACGUUGGGCGUUGGUGCUUUGGGCGGGAAAGACAAGUUGCGAAGUAGUCCACUGAGCGGGGGGGAUGGUCAGAACGAUUCGGAUGAAGAGACGAGAGCGCCGUCCGCGGUGGGUGAUGAGUUGGCGAAGAUGGCGGAAGAAUUGACAGUUGAUGACGAGAACGAGGAUGGAGAGCCAGGGAGGCAGAGUUCGAGUGGAUUGAGCCUUUCGGGUUUGGGUUCAAGUGCGGCAGUUAGCCCACGUGGUGGAAGGGCUAGUAUGGACGAUGGAAAGCUGGGUAGGCACUAGUUAACAUUUCUCUCUUUUUUUUUCCUUGUUUCCUUUUCGGUGAGGGUUAGUGAAGAAGUUGGCGGCCAGAAGUCAAAUGGUCCUGGGUUUGAGUUGGGAAAAUUCAUUCUUAGUCUUUUUCUUUCGGGCAGGGAGGUCUCUUAAAUUCAUUCAUUUCUUUCAGGUAUAUAUAUAUAUAGUCUCUUAGUUCUGGUUAGUGGCGUUUCAUAGAAAAGAAAAAGGGAUUGGAAUUUUAGCAUUUGACGAAUAAAAGGUGGGAUUCAAAGCAAGAGCAUUAUAGGGAAUUUCAUUCGGGUAGAAGGAGAAAA